UAUAAUAAGACAGUUACGGAAACGCGCUCACACGGUCCAUUCAGAAGCGCUUCUGAGAAGAGCGACAGCAUCUCAACAGCCACCGACCUCGACACCGCAGUCAGAGAGCAUCAUGGGAGGAGCAGUGGUGGAUGACGCGCCUCCGGGGGUGAAGGCGCCAGAUGGAGGCUGGGGUUGGGCCGUGCUGGUUGGCUGCUUCGUCAUCACCGGCUUCUCCUACGCCUUCCCCAAGGCCGUCAGCGUCUUCUUCAAGGAGCUGAUCCGAGAGUUCGGCGUGGGCUACAGCGACACGGCCUGGAUCUCCUCCAUCCUGCUGGCCAUGCUGUACGGCACAGGUCCUCUGUGCAGCGUGGCGGUGAACAGGUUCGGCUGUCGGCCGGUGAUGAUGGUUGGGGGGCUCUUUGCGUCACUGGGAAUGAUUCUGGCCUCUUUUGCCACCAGCAUCAUUCACAUCUACCUCUGCGCUGGAGUUAUUACAGGUCUGGGUCUGGCGUUGAACUUCCAGCCGUCCCUGAUCAUGCUCAACCGCUACUUCAGCGAGAAACGUCCUCUAGCCAAUGGCCUGGCAGCCGCCGGCAGCCCCGUGGCGCUGUGCUGUCUCUCCCCGCUGGGACAGAUCCUCCAGUACCACUACGGCUGGAGGGGGGGGUUCCUCAUACUGGGAGGCAUGUUGCUCAACUGCUGCGCCUGUGGUGCCCUCAUGAGGCCCCUGCUGCCCCCGAAGAAGCCCCUGGAGCUGGAGGAGAGCGGUCACGCGGUGGCGGAGGAGGAGAAGAAGAAGAAGCCGCAGCCAAAGAAGAAGCUGUUGGACUUCAGCGUGUUCAGGGACAGAGGUUUUGUCAUCUAUACCAUCGCAGCGUCUAUUAUGGUGCUGGGCUUGUUCGUGCCCCCGGUGUUUGUGGUCAGCUAUGCUAAACACCUCCAGUAUGAGGACACUAAGUCGGCGCUGCUGCUCACCAUCUUGGGGUUUGUUGACAUGUUCGCUCGGCCUCUGUCGGGACUCAUAGCGGGCACGAAGUGGGUACGACCCAGAGCCGUCUACCUGUUCAGCUUCGCCAUGAUCUUCAACGGGUGCACCGACCUCAUAGGAUCGCAGGCGACCGAUUACGUAGGUCUGGUGGUCUUCUGCAUCUUCUUCGGCAUGUCGUACGGCAUGGUGGGGGCGCUGCAGUUCGAGGUCCUCAUGGCUAUCGUGGGGACAGAGAAGUUCUCCAGCGCCAUCGGCCUGGUGCUGCUUAUGGAGGCUAUCGCUGUGCUGGUGGGACCUCCGGGAGCAGGUCGCCUCUUGGAUGCCACCCAUAAUUACAUGUACGUCUUCCUGUUGGCGGGCUGCGAGGUCACGCUGUCAGCCAUCGUUUUGGCCUUGGGUAACUUCUUUUGCAUUAGAAAGAAACAGGAGGAUCAGGAGGCGAAGAUGGAGAUGGCUGUGACGGCUUCAGAGAAGGAGGGGCUGAACCGAGCGGUGGAAGCCGAGGAUGAUGAAGAGGAGCUGAGGGAAAGAGAGAAUGGAAAAGUGAAAGCAGGAGAGGAGGUGAUGACGGUGAAGGAGACGGGGGAGGGAGGAGAUGAGACGCAGUUAUAAAGGAUGAGAACUAGAGAUGAGAAAAGACAAACUGUGCACCAAGAGCACAAGAAUAAAACGCACUGAUGAUGAUGAUGAUGAUGAUGAUGAUGAUGAUGGCUAACAGGUGGUGUAAGGAGCCACAUAGGCAGUGAGGGGGAACAAAGCAGGGUAAGAGAGCUGAUGUUGCCCUGUAAAUGAAAAUCACAGGUCCACAUCAUGGGUACAAGACAGAGAGGGGUCAUUGUUAAGAACUGGUUUCACCUGAACUGGUUCACCAGAUGCUUUACACAGCUGUUACCUUAUACUGUAUAUGCUGCAAAUACAGUAGUCCCUUUAUUAAGACAACUCCUCUGUGCUGAGUCUACUCAGACACACACUGUAUUUUAGAACAAAGUAAUGGGUUUCCAGUUUUGUUCACAUUUCUCAGCAAUGUUUUUCUCAUUCAAGGUUUAAUGAUUUUAAAGAACCUGACCAAAAAAAAAAAAAAAAAAAGUCCACUUAACGCAUUUUUCUGGAGCUUUCAGUCAUAUCUCACAGCCUUCAUCAGCACAUGGAGCUUUUUCAAAUCUAUGUGGUGGAUCUCCUUUUUCCUCCAUAUACGACCACUUGUUACCACAUGACUCAAGUUCCAUGCUUUUGUCUCGUGAUGACAACUUCUUUUCACUAAUGAAGACUGUGAGAUGCAGCUGAAAGCUCUGGAAGUAAGUAAGUGAGCUGUGUUGAGAUUAUAUGGUCAGACUGUUGCUCUCCGGCUGAAGAACGCACCUUUCACACUCAACUCUCAAACACUGUAUUUCCUUGUUUGUUGCACUUGUGUUUUAUUUAUUGAGAGUAUUUAUCAGAUUUUUAUCACAUUCAAAAUCUGGUUGUAAAAAUGAAGAAUUUAAUAUUUUGGGCCACUUGAUGACGGCAGCUGAAUGGCAAACUGUAGCUGUUCACUCAUGGAUGAAAUUGAAAAGGUUUUGUCGUGUCUUCCAUUAUUUGUGUGUUCUGCUUCCAGAUGUCAUCCAGUUGUUGCCAGAUGAAUUUGUGAUACUUGAACAAACUUGGAUUGUGAGUCUCAGUGUGAUACGUCAGUGUUGUUCACUUGGUUGAUGAAUGUAUGUUCUAUGUUGUGUGUACUGUUCUGUAAAGAUCGGCUUUAGUGAUACUGAA